AUGCCCGCCGCCUUAUCGCUUGACAGCGCCGUCGGGAUGGCGUCAGGACCGAGCAGCGCGUCGAGAGUAUGCAACUCGGUCGGUCGAUCUCGUGUGCUGCCACAAGGGAAAGCGAGUUUCUCUGUGUCUGGGAGCCUGGAUACUCUGAACGCUGGCGCGGGCGCGCUCCAUGAGGUGCCUCAUUCCGUUGCGUCUCCAGAGAGCAGCCCAAGUGACGGGUUGCCGUUUGUCGCCUCGAAGGCUGGCAGCAGCCUCCGGCCACGAUCUACCCCACCACUGACGAGGAGAACCGGAACGUCCCCGGGGCGCUUGCGGGCCUGCUUCUCUUCUGUGUCAGAUUCAGGUUCUCUGCUUCCUGUCGCCGAUGACGAGGCGACGGGGAGCGAGGCAACCACGGCGGUGGGGUCGUCUGCCCCCAGUCCUGUAAGCAGGCAAGAGGUGCGAGGCAGAGUCUCUGCGGUGACCACUUCUCUUGAGACCCUCGCCUCUGCUAUCGCCUGCCGGGAAAAAGAGCGAGGCGAGACGAGCCUGGCUGCAGCGGUUGCACCAGACGCGACCGAAGCCGCAGAGCCCGACAGGGUCGCGCCGCAGAGCUUCUCAGAGAGCGAAUCAGAGAGAGACAGAGAAGGCGAUCCCUACCGUGGCGUCGGGGCUCUGCUGCUCCCCAUUCCGACCCGUCGGAGCGCUUUCGAGGAACGCGAGACAGACAGAAACUGCGGCUCGGCGAGUGACUCCGGAGUCGAGUUUCUCGUGCGCUUGAGAAGACACUCGCGCCGCGGAGCCGACAGAGACGACGAGUCCGGGCUUCACUCGCAGCUGGCGAAACGGGUGUCUUUCGGAAGCCCGCUGUCCGUCGAGGUCCACCAGUAUUCAUAUGCGGACGGCUGUCGCUCGAGUGGGGGAAGUGCGAUGAGCAGUCAAGACAGCUCGCACAGCAGUUUGAGUUCUCUUUCGCCUUCACCGCCGUCGUCGCAGUCUCUGCUGUCCCACACAGUGACCGCGCACGAAGCUCCCUCCCAUGCGGAAGGUUUCCGACGGGGCCAGGUGCACUUGACGUCGCUGUCCUAUGGCCUCGAUUUGUACAGUUCUUCGCCGCCGUGGGUGCCAGACCGAGGCUCGCUGGAGGGCGUCUCGAGACCAGACGCUGACGCGUCUUCCAUGCGCGUGGGGGACUUGUCGGACAGCGAUAGCACCAAUGGUUGUAUGACGAGGAGACACACAGACGUGAGUUCGGGGUUCAGUCUCCCUGUCUCUUUUCGAUUCUUCGGAGCGGGGUCGACAGCGGCAGACUCCAUUCAGAAGCCGCCACUCUCGCCCUCGUACACGCAGUCGCCCGUAGAACAGCGAGACUCGUCGUCCGGUCUCUCGGGUUGUCCCCAGUCGCCGGAGCAUCGGUUGCUUGGGGAGCCGCUUUCCUCUGUCUCGCGCGCAAGCUCUCCGCCCUCUCUCCCGCGCUGGAGGCUUCCGCCCGCCCUCUCGCCUCUCGGUCGCCCCUCGAGGUGCCCAUUGUCUCCUCGCUCCAGCAGCAACCACCAGGCUUCUCCCCGCAAAAAGGCCGCGCCGACCUCGCCUCCCUGUGAGCGCGAGAGCCCAGGGGGACCUCAGGGGUGUAGAGAAGGCGCCCUCUUGUCGCUUCCGCCUCAGGCGAAAACGGACGCGAGGAAGCCGAAAACGUCGCCUUUGGAAGCCUGCCUCGACGGGCGCAAAAAGAAAAAACAAGAGUUUAGACCGGUGACCCUCUCGCCCGUGGCCACCAUGCGAACACGCGAGAGAGAGAAGAGUCCCGUUGUGGACGGUUCGCAGGAAGUUGCUGACAGCUCCAGACCGAAUGCCGCGUCGCUUUUCAGAGAUGUAUCGUGCGAGCGCAACGAGACUAACGUGGAGAGUAGCUUGGUGUUUCUCGAUGCUGUGAGUUCGUCUUACGAGUCGCUCCCUUCGCGCCUGCCUGCAUUUCCUCCUACGUCUCAAGAGUCUCCUUGCUCGUCUGACGUCGCGUCCUUAGUUGCCAGCUCUCGCCAGGAGCCCCGAGAAAAACAUGAACGAAAGGCGGCCGAGGCGGAUGUAAUUUCGAGUCUUGUCCAGACGAGUCCGUCUUGUUCUCUGUGUGUCUCCGAUCCGUUGGCAUCUGUCGGUUAA